ACUACCUGCACUUUAUAACGAUAUGGAAGGGUUGCCGAGAGGUGCUCAGUAAGCUAUAUAAGAGGUCCUCCCAGAAUGAACCAGUACCUGAACACUGGGGAUUUUUCACGGACCUGACAUCCCUUCCGGAGAACAGAUGAUCCCUGCCUGGUCUCUCGGUGUCCUCCUCCUGGGCUACGUCUUUGGAUUCCCAGUCCCCUUCAACAGCACUCAGAGACAAUAUGAAUAUGAGACUCUUCUUCAACUCAACGACACAGUGGGCAAAUCUACACAACCCUUCAUGUCGAAUGACACAGAGUCCAAUGAAACAGAGAUUCCCUUCCCCUUUCAAAUUAUACUUCCUAUGGAGAAUAUGAGUCCAUUAUUGGAUUACGACCAUGCAAUACCGCUCUGUAUUCUUUGGAACAGCACUGGCACAGAGUAUGGCUCAACGACUGAGGAGUUGAUGCAGAGUCAGAACGAGACAGAUAGCAACUCAACAUUAACUAUACACAGGUACAACAGUCCUCCUUCCGCUAAGAAUAUAAGAAAACUUGCAUUGCACGGAUAUGUAGUACCUCCUCCAGGCUGCGUGGUGAGUCUCUGUGCCCUGAUUAACCUGGGCCAUGCACUGAACCAGGGCGGGGACGAGAGUGCAGGCGGGGCAACCAGAGACCCACAUGGCAAUGGCAAGAGAUGAGAGGAAGAGGAGUGGAGGAAGAUGAGAAGAAGUGUGAUGUGGGGCCUCGUACAGGAGCUGCUGGCUGUGCUCUAUUUGUCUUAAACUUUUACUUUUCUUUGUCAGCUUUCCUUUGUCACUACUGAUCUGGAAAGACAAGAGAGAGAAAUGUGGAAAUAUUGUAGUCACUCCACCGGCCUAUUGCUUAUGUGCAGCACUUGGUGAUGGAGGAGAGGACACAAUAGGAAAGGAGUUGUACAGAGGGUGUAAUUUGUGUGGUAAAACGAAAAAGUUGCUAUUUAUUAAAGACAGAUUCUAAUUAUCUUCUUAAUUAAUUUGAGAUGAUCCACUUUUAAUAAAGAAAAUGAUCAAAUAUU